AACCCAGAAGAUUUACUAUAAAUAAAACCCCAAUCCAAUCUCAUUACCUUGACGGAAACGUUACAAGUAACUUCUCUUUCUCCAUCCCUCUCUUCACAUGAGUCGUCCUUUCAGGCUCCUAGCGGCCGCCAACUCCCCGGCCACUAGCCAGCCGCCGCCUGAACAAGCUGCAACCGUCGACUCCGACUUGGUCGUUAUCUUUGCAGCUCUCAUCUGCGCCCUUAUUUGCGUGCUCGGCCUCAUCGCUGUCGCACGCUGCGCCUGGCUUCGCCGUCUCUCCGGUGGCUCUGCUUCUUCAUCCCGUACUACGCCUCCUGCCAACAAAGGCCUUAAGAAGAAGAUCCUCAAGUUCCUUCCCAAGGCCACCUUCUCUGAUGAAUUCUCUGCGAAAUUCUCCGAUUGCGCGAUUUGCCUGACAGAGUUCGUGGUAGGGGAUGAAAUCCGGGUACUGCCGCAGUGCGGCCAUGGCUUCCACGUCCCCUGCAUCGACACGUGGCUGGGGUCCCAUUCUUCCUGCCCCUCCUGCCGCCAGAUUUUUGUGGUUGACAGGUGCCUCAAGUGUGGGGUUUUACCCUGUCCGAGGGCUUCAACCUCUGGAACUGAGACUGAGGCCAGAUUGAAGGAGCGUGAAGUUGAUGUCAAUAGGUUCUUGCCCUAGCCAGCCUCUGUCUCAGGGUUCCUCAAAAUUUUUUUUGUCUUUUCAAAGUUAAUAGAUUUGAUUAGCUAAUUACCUCCUCCAAUUAUUAAUAGGAUCUAGGUUUGGAUUUAUUGGAAUUUCUGUGUAGUAGUAUUUCAUUUGGUGAAUUGUAAAUAAUGUAAAGUUGAAGUGUAACUAUAUGUAUCAUGUAUGUUAAAUAUAUAUAUAUAUAUAUAUAUAUAUAUAUAUAUAGGCAGAAAUCAGAAUGUCAGAUUCCAGUAAGAACAACGUCUUGAUUACCCAAACAAACAAAUAAACAAAAAAAAUGGUUCAUGAAUGAAAAUUGAGCAACUUCUUUGUGUUUCCUUCCAUUUGUCAAGUCAAGACUUUUC